AUGCGCGUGGACCCUCAGACGCAGUUGAACGAGCAGAACAGCUUCCGCCCUGUCAACGAUGGUGGCAUCUCCAACAAACAGUCGGCGAGUGCCCCUGCCGAGGACAAUGCAGACCAGCCACGUACCGAAGACAACUCGCAGGAGAAGCAGCCUUCUGUCCCAUCACCAGCGAAGAAGGCCAGUGAAGCAGAAGCACCUCCCAGUUUGUCGAAGCUUCCAAACGGUUAUAUGUGGAAGCAAGCUGCUCAGUUGGUUGACUAUGACGAGAUAGUCAACAUCGACGAAAGCCAACCUGGACACCUGGACCGGGUCAUUGAGUUUCUACUCUCCAAGAACCCUGCCGAUAUCACCGACAAUGAGAACCAUCUGUUGAACCUUUACAUUGGCACAAAAGGGCCAGGUGGUGUCACGCCGAACACAUGGGUGGCAGUGCCAAAAGAAGGUGGAACUCCAACAAAGUCCCCCCCAAAGAAGAGGCGUGACACAAGGAAGACACCUGAAUUCUGUCGCUCCAGCAACGGUAAUCGUCAGGGGGUGGAGAACCCCCACAACAAAGAAGCACCAGUCGGGAGGACCAAUCAGGAGGCCAUCGAGGUUGACUCUGACACAGAGUCAGACAGUGGCUUAUGUAACGAGGAACUCAACAAGAAGACCAAAGUGCGUUUCAGUGCCGGGUCCACAGCAGAUGAUGCUAUUGAAGUUGACGACGACUCAGAAGGCACAGACGACACAGAAGAGGGCGACAAGAAACCACCUGCACUCAAGGGAACUGCCCAGAUGCCCAAAGCGAACGAAAGCAACAGGAGGAAACCCACACCCUUUGUGCCCCGUAAGAAGCCCCCUCCAGUUGCAUCAAUCCCUCUCCCCGACAGCAGCUCUGACUCCGACUCUGAUCCAUCAGAUGACAGCACAGACGAAGAAGAAUCCUACCAUAGGCUCAGCAAGAAAACUGUCCAGCGCAAGAGGAGGACCAGCAAGAAGACACAGAAAAAGGGAACGGCGAAGGGCACGAAGAACACAAAAGGGAAGAAGAAGAAGAAAAGAAGAUACCCGGACAAGUGGAAAGCCAGGAAAGCAAGAGCAAAAGUUCGUCACGAAGAAAGGAAGGAAGAGAGAAAGAAGAAGCGUGCAGAGGAGAAAGGCGACGAAGAAGUCAACGACCCCAUCACUCCCCCGCAAUCUGAUGCCAAGCCUAAGUAUUGGCGUAACUCAGCCGAGUGGGCUCACGAUGCUAUGCUACGUAAUUGGAAGUCUGCUGCAACUACGUACUCCAGGAUGCAAGGCUUCCCAGGAGCGAAAGCCAUCCAAACAGUGCUGGAAACCACAGCAGACGAGAAUGGCAAGUCCCAGCUCCGUGGCUACAGAGUGCCAUCACCAACACUCGCUCCAGCUGACAAAGCCUCGAGGGACGCAAUUGUGAAAGCUGCAACGACAGUCAUUUUGAAACUAGCCAAAGCAUCCAUCAUUCGCAUGUUUAGAGAUGACCCAUCUCUCAUCUACUACUUUGUUGAUGUCAGUGCUGGUGUUGCUCGAAACACUGACCGUCCUCCAUCCCCAGUCCACAAUGCGAUUGCAGCCACCAUGGGAGCUAUCAUGGACAUGUUCGAUCCAGACCAGGAGAAGAAGGAGGGAGACGAAAAGAGUGAUGGCAGAGGAGGGAAAAAGAAGUGACUGUGU